CGAUCGAGUUUCCACAGCAGACAGUUUCAUGGAAAAACAUUUGUGCGAGACGCGCUGCUCAGUCAGCGUGUGUAUAGAGUGGGGCAAGCGCGCGGCUCGGGAAAAUUUGCAUACCACUAUAAAAGAACGUGGAGAUGUUGCUGCAUUAUCCACUCACUCAAUCCCCAACCCACAGAAACAACCACUUGCAAAAUGAUCCAGCUAAGCAUUGUUUCCUACGCCCUCCUGUCCGCCUUGGCCGUCCUGGUGGCCGCCUUGGCCGUCGACGUCUACCGACGCAGGCGAAUGCAGGCAAAGCAGGCGUUGAUUGGGCACGAAGAACUGCCGGCCGCCCCCGGACCCCGCUCGUGGCCCCUGAUCGGCUCCCUGCACCUCCUCGGGGGCUACGAGGUGCCCUACGCAGCCUUCACAGACUUGGCAAAGAAGUACGGCCCCAUCAUCAGCAUGAACUUGGGCAGCCAGAAGUGUCUGGUCGUCAACGGGCUCAAUAACAUCAAGGACGUUCUGGUCACGAAAGGAGCUCACUUUGACGGCAGGCCCAAUUUCGCCAGAUUCCAUCAGCUCUUCUGCGGUGACAAGGAAAAUUCAUUGGCUUUCUGCGACUGGUCCGAUCUGCAGAAGGUGCGCCGGGAGAUGCUGCGCGCCCACACCUUCCCCCCGACUUUCUCAUCCCGGUUCUCCCAGCUUGACAUCUUUGUCGCUGACGAAAUGCGCGAUCUGACCUCCCGCUUGGACGCAACCAACGGUGACUUCACCCCGAUUAAGCCCGAGCUCAUGCACGCGUGUGCCAACAUCUUCACCGCUUACUUCUGCUCCAAGCGCUUUGACCGCCACGACGCUGCCUUCAACCGCACCAUCGACAACUUCGACUCCAUCUUCUACGAGGUGAAUCAGGGCUGCGCUGCCGACUUUCUGCCCUGGCUGCUGCCCUUCCACAGCAAGCAGAUGGCGCAGAUGAAGAACUGGAGCCACGAAAUUAGGGAGUUCAUGGAGAAUUUCAUCAUCAAUGACCGUCUGGCUAGAAGGAGGCAGGGUCUGGUCGCUCAGGACGAGUCCACCGACUACGUUGAAGCCCUUCUGGAGCACGUGGAGGAUCAGCAGACGGAAAAGCUGCUCACCUUCGACUCUGCCUUGUUCGCCCUGGAGGACAUCGUUGGAGGGCAUUCUGCCGUGGCCAACCUCUUGGUUAAGGCGCUCGGCUUCGUGGCUUCCCGACCUGAAGUCCAAGAGCGAGUCAAAAUUGAGGCUGACUUGGCUACAGGCAACGGAGCCCGACCCCUGACCCUGCAAGAUCGAGUCACCAUGCCAUACACCGAUGCAGUCAUCCUCGAAGCAAUCAGGAUGAUCUCCUCUCCAAUUGUGCCACACGUUUCCAAUCAAGAUAGCUCCAUUGCAGGAUACAAAGUGGAGAAAGACACUCUGAUUUUCCUGAACAACCACGAACUGAACAUGAGCGACAAAUUGUGGGAGGAGCCCUUGAAAUUCAAGCCGGAAAGAUUCCUCUCGACAGGCCGCCUGAUGAAGCCCGAGCAUUUCCUGCCCUUUGGAGUGGGAAGGCGUUCGUGCAUGGGCUAUAAAAUGGUCCAGUUCCUGGCAUUCGCUAUCGUCGGCACCCUUCUGCAGAGGUACAGCCUGGAGCCUGAGCAAGAAUACAAAGUGCCCGUUGGAGAUCUGGCCUUGCCCAAAGACACUUUCAAAUUCAAGUUCAUCGCACACUAAGCAGAAAAAUUUAUAUCAUCCAAACAUAAUCGUAAAAUAUUGUGAUAUUUAAAUCUGGAAAAUCAGAGGCCCUACUCAAUUAUUUAUUGACUGUUCUUGUGGGCAAGCUUAUCAGACUGCUACUGUUUGCACAUACUGCAUGUAUAUUAUUUAUUUCUUGACAAGCGUUACUGCUUUAAAGUACUGAACAUGGUCUCACUAUAUAUGUAUUUUGAUAGCCAAAGAGCCAGAGCGAAUCUUAACCUUAUCGCUCUGGAGGCAAAUAAUUAUAGUUAGUUCAAAUGAUGUAACUCGUGUAGAAUAUUUCAUUAUUUCUUGAAAUUAGUUUCGCACAGUUUGUAAAAAUCUUAUAAAUGAUUUAACCACGCUAACACACAAAGCUGUAGGUAGUCAAUCUGUUGAGUAUAAUGUUGAUUAUACUUUUAUAUAAUACAUAUUAUAUAUUUUACCAAAGAAACGAAAUAUUGAAAUAAAGGCAAGUUACAUAGAACAUA